AUGCCGGCCUCCUCACCACUGAGACCCGCCGCGGCGCGCGGGCCCGAGCCGCCCGAGUCGCCGCGGCGACCCGACCGUCCCGACGCCACUCGCGCGGCGCCGUCGUCAGGCACGCUCCGGAGCGGCGGCGUGAAUUCCCCGGAGGCGCCCCGGGCCGGCGCGAGCUCGAUCGCGCAGCGGACCGAGCCCCCGUCGACGCUGAAAUGCGGGUGCUAUCCCAACGGCAUCGGAAACUUCCCCUGCGAGAACAAGGUCUACCUCAGCGGCGUCGACUUCCAGGCCUUCCGACAGGACGACGGGCCCUGCUUCUUACAAGUAACGACGGGUGCCGGCGACUGGGUCUACCUGGCCCAGGCGCUCGACGCCGUCGAGCGCGGUGUCCUGUCGCUCGGCUACGCCCAGCGCGAGGAGACGGGCAUGAACGAGGGGGACGAGGUGACGGUUCGACCGUGGUUUCCGUCGCCUGCAUCGGCCCUCACGACGCUCAGUCUAUGCGUCGCGCCAUGCGGCUGGGAGGAAGGGCCCUUAUUAGGCCGCGCGCACAUCGACGCGGCCGACCUGGAACGCUUCGUGAAGGAGAAGUUUGCUGGGCAGGUCUUCAAGGAGGGCCAGACGUUCGUCGUGAUGCGAGACCCUGCGUCAGAUUCGCCGUCGACGCGAUGUAACUGGUUGAUUUCCUCUGCAGGUACGACCCCUAUGGCGUUGGAGACUCGUGCAUUCUCCCGUGCGCCGAUACGCGCAUCGCGCUCGACAUCACGGUCCAGCACUCGUGCACCGGUGUCGACGGCAAGCCCACUCAGUGCGUCGAGUUCGCAGGGCAGCGACCAUGGCCCAAAUACGGCCAGCUCGUCGAAGGCACCGCGGUCGAUGUGUACCAACGCCGCGGCACGGAGAGAUCGUUGAAUCUCCGCCGCAACAAUUACCGAGAAUUUCUCGGCCGCAAAGCACCCCUGAUCGUGCAAGACGUCAUCGAUGUCGUCCUGGCCGUUUAUGUGGUCACCUCGGUGAUCGUGAUUAUGAUGCUGUGGUUCUUCGUCAGCACGGUCUCGGGGCCGUUGGGACCUUCGUGGGACUUAAUUUGUACUCAAAUUGCUGCGCUCGGACCUUCGCCGGACUUACUUGAUGCGCUCGCCGCCCGAAUCGAAUCGCCCGAGGCCUUGAUAUCGUGGACGGAGUUGGGACGAGCGAUGGCGUUUGUCGUAGUAACAGUCGUACGGCUGGCAUGGCGGGCCGCGUUAAAGUUCGCUCUGUGCAACGUGCUCGCGUAUUGCGGGUAUCGCGUGCUCGGGUACGUGCUGCCGUUCCUCCGCUUCUUCUCGCAAAUCCCGUGGUGAGACUAAGGACACUUAUUA